AUGUCCCUGAAUUUGAAGUUAUUUGUUGCUCUGCUGGCCACUUCUCGAGGUGUGCUUGCCAUUGGAACCCCGUUCGGAUAUGGCGCUGGGACUACUGGAGGUGAGGGCUCCACCGCGGCUGUUCCAUCUUCGACAGAUGAACUAAUUAGCUGGCUCGGAGAUGAUACCGCCCGGGUUAUUGUGAUCGACAAAACCUUUGACUUUACUAGUACCGAGGGAACUGUGACCGGAGAUGGAUGUAUCCCAUGGACUUGUACUCCAGGUGCACAAAUUGCGAUCAAUUUGAAUAGCUGGUGCGAUAAUGAUCAGCCGAAUGCUGCGACUACUACCGUGACCUAUAAUAAAGCCGGUAUUAGCGGCAUUUCUGUUGGGUCUAACAAAACGCUACUCGGAAAAGGGACCGCGGGGUGGAUCAAAGGAAAGGGUCUACGUAUCGCCGGUAGUAGCAACAUUAUCAUUCAGAACGUCAGAUUUUCCGACAUUAAUGCCGAGUACAUUGACCACAACUACUUCAAAGACGUUGGCCGACAAUUUCUUGUAACUGGCUAUGGGGCUGCGGAAGGCGUCACAAUUUCUGAUAAUGUAUUUGAUGGAAACGGCGAUUAUUCGCCAUUGUGUGACGGCCACCAUUACUGGACAUUGUAUUUCACCGGAGCAAGCGAUACGAUCACGUUUGCUCGUAAUUACCUGUAUCAAACAUCUGGACGGGGACCUAAGCUUGGCGGUGUUUCUUCGUACUCGCAAACGGUCCAUAUUUACAACAACUAUUUCGUCGAUAUUACAGAUCACGCGCUAGAUGCUGGCCCCGGUUCCAAGGCUAUUGUGGAAGGCAACUACUUCAAUACUGUGUUUGCCCCGAUCGAUACAACCACAAGCGCCCAAUGCACGAGUGCUCUUGGAAGGAGCUGUGUAGCUAACAUUAUGUUAAGUUCUGGCGAACUUGCUAAUGCCGAAGAUACGAGUAUUAUUGGAUCAUUUACCAGCUUACGCCCUGCAUCUUAUGUUCAAAGUAACGCAGGAACGGGCGUUGUGAAUUAG